AUGAGUGCAACGAAGUCAAGAUCUGCAUCUACCGGACGGAUUGUACAGCAUGUUCUUCUGGUCUGGCUUGCUGAUAAUAUCGACGAGGACAACAACGAAUGUCAGAGGACUAUCGCAAAAUUGCAAUCGUCUAUUGGUAACGUUAACGCGUUUAUUAGUGUCGAUGUAUGCGUUCGGUUCAUUGAAAACGUUCACGACGAGAGAAUUUGUAUGAUCACUUCAAGCGAAUUUGGUGAAAAAGUUGUACCUCGAAUACAUCAUCUACCUCAAGUCGAUUCGAUUUUUAUUUUCCCUGCUGAUAGGAAGCGUCACUUGAUGUGGACGAACGAAUGGUCCAAAAUUAAAGGUACGUUCACGUGUAUCACUCCGAUUUGCGACGCAAUCAAGCAAGUUGCCAAUCAAUGUGAACAUAAUUCUCUCUCGAUUAGUUUUUUGAACGCAGAUACCAUCACCGUGGAGAAAAAGUUAGACGAACUGGACUGUUCAUUUAUGUACACUCAAAUCAUCAAAGAGAUUCUACUGAAAAUUAGCUUUGAGCAAGAGCAUUUCGAGCAAUUCAUCGAUUAUUGUCGAAAACAGUUUGCUGCAAAUAAAUACGAACUGAACAAUAUUGAGAAAUUUCACCAAGAGUAUCAUGAUCACACACCGAUAUGGUGGUAUACGAAAGAAUCUUUUCUCUAUCCGAUGUUAAAUCGCGCGCUUCGAAUCAUGGAUAUCACCGUGGUUAUUAACAUCGGUUUCUAUAUCGUUGAUCUUCAUCGUCAAAUUCAGCAGCUACAUCGAAAACAAUUCAAUCAACACGAUUCUUGUGGGCAACUUCGAUUGUAUCGUGGACAAGGUUUAUCAAAAGCUGACUUUCAACAGUUGACAAAUACGCAAGGUGGAUUGAUAGCAUUCAAUAGCUUUCUAUCCUGUAGUGAGAGGCGAGAUAUAUCGUUAAAUUACGCGUAUCAAUGUCUAUCGAAUUCUGACAUGAUUGGCAUCCUAUUUGUGAUGAAUGUUGAUUCAAAUCAAUCAACAACACCAUUUGCUGCCGUCGAAAAUAUGGGCUGUUUCCAAACAGAGAGUGAAAUACUUUUCUCGAUGCAUAGCGUCUUUCGAAUUCGAGAUCUCAGAUCCAUCGACGAGAACAAUCGUCUUUACGAAGUCGAACUGAUACUAACUAGUGACAAUGAUAGAGAUCUUCGAAUACUUACAGAACGGAUUCAAGAAGAUUCCGAUGGACGUUCCGGGUGGUUUCAGUUAAGUGUGGUGCUGAGCAAGAUGGGCCAAUUCAACAAAGCAGAAGACGUAUGUCAAGUUUUACUCGAACGUUCCACGACUGAUGAAGAAAAAGGACCCAUCUAUCAUCAACUUGGCUGCAUCAAAGAUCAACAAGGAAGAUAUUUGAAAGCGAUCAAAUUUUACGAAAAAGCACUGGAAAUCGAUCAGAAAAUGUUUCCAUCGAAUCAUCUAAGCUUUGCUGCCUCCUACAACAAUAUUGGUGAAGUCUAUCGCAAGAUGACAGCUUAUUCCGACGCUCUCUGCUGGUACGACGAAAGCCUUAAUAUUCAAGAACAAUCGCUUCCUUCAGACCAUCCCGAUCUGGCGAGCUCUUAUAAUAAUAUUGGCAUAAUUUGCGGUGAAAUGGGUGAUUAUUCAAAAGCAUUGAUUUAUCAUGAGAAAGCACUUCAAAUUCGUCAAAAAUCAUUGCCGUCGGCUCAUCCUGAUCUCGGUGGCUCUUACGACAAUAUUGGUUCAAUCUAUCUCAAGAUGGGUAAUUAUACGAAAGCACUUCCAUAUUAUGAAAAAUCGCUUAAAAUUCGACGGAAAUCACUUCCUCCAGAUCAUCCCGACUUAGCGAUGUCGUACAACAACAUUGGUUCGCUGUACGGCCAGAUGGGUGAAUAUGAAAUAGCACUUCCGUAUUUUGAGAAAGAUCUUCAAAUUAGUACACACGUUCUUCCUCCGAAUCAUCCCGAUUUAGGCAUUUCAUACAAGAACAUGGGCAUGAUCUAUGAAAGGAUGGGUGAUCAUUCGAAAGCACAAGAAUAUUAUGAACGUGCAGUCAAUAUUAUCGAUCAAUCAUUACCCGCAUGUGCAGGCGUGUAA